CCCUCUCAACUUCCAUUUACACUGGAAGAGACGGAACCUUUGGAUACUCCUCCAAAAGGCCAUCUCAGCGCCUCAUAAAACACCCUCGCUUAUUUCACUUCCGGAGGCAUCUCCAACUUUUCCAUUCACUUCCUUACCGGACAAUCCCGACACCACCAACACUUAGUUACCCGCCUAAGUUUUUUCACACCUUCAAUCAACAACCGCGCCCCUGAGUUUCCCACACACGCCCACCGCCACCACCACCACCACCACCGGCACCAUGCCUCCCACCAAAACCGCCAAAUCCAAAGCCCGCCUCACCCCCUCCUCCAAAUCCAGCAACAGCAACAAUCCCUCAUCCCCACCCUACCCCUUCCAACCGGCCCCCGCCGCCCUGCAACCCUUCUGCGCCACGCUCCCGCCAGGGCAUGUCUACAUCACGCACGUGGACCCGCGGCCGGCCGCGGCCAAGCGCAAGCUCUUCCUCAUCCCCAUCGGCAUCAACCUGGCCGUGAUCGGGCUGUUCGUGUGGCGGGUCGCGCACAUCGCGCCCUACUACCUGGCGCUGGCCAUGUCCAUGCUGGGCCACUCCAACGCGACGACGCUGCGCACGGCCGAGCUCGGCUGGAGCGAGCUGGGCUGGGCGGUCGCGGCGCGCGCCGCGACUUUUUUGUUGGAUUUCGUGCUGGGUGUGUUUGUGUGGCCGUGGCCGUACGAGUUCUUUGUGGGCACGACUGGGCGGGGGAGUCCCGUCGCCUGGCGCUGGGCGGUUGGGUUCCGCGGCAAGGAGGUCUAUGUGCGCCGCAGUCGGGAUGGUUGGGACGGGGUGCUGCGCAAGGAGAAGGUGGAUUUGUUUGAUCUUGAGGCGCCUGAUGCUAGGGAGGGUCGCGAGGCGAUCUUGGGCCGCAUCAAUACCGCUACUUCGCCCAUGUUCAUGCAACAGAAGACGGGGUAUUUGACUAUGAAUGGGGAGUGGGACUUGGACUGGCGGGGUAUGGUGGACGCGACGCGGUUGGCGGAUGCGAAGGAGAUCGCGCUGGAGGCGUUCGGGACGGUGGUGCUGUUGCAUCACGCCAAGUUCGGGUGGGUGAGUGUGGAUUUGGGGAAUGGUGAUAGCGCGGAGCAGGAUGAGAGACGGCGCCAGGUGAUGGCUUUCAGGGAUGCUCUCACGGCGCUGGGGAAGGAGGACCUGUUCUUCAGGUGGGUGGAGAUGAUUCAGUUCGAGACCGACCAGCCGGGCGGGUUCACGAGGGAGAAGCAGGUCGUGGCCGCCCAAAAGAUUCGGGAUAUGUUCAAGUCGAACGGGGUGGAUUUUGAUGGCCUCUGGAAGGAGACCGUCGGGACGGACGGACUGGCCGGUAUGCCGGAAUAACAUUGUAUCAUACAUCUGUACUACCACAUUAGCAGUGGAAGGGGGAGAAAUGGGCUUUCGGCGGGGCGUUCAUAGAAUGGCUGGUACAGGCAGUAAGAGAUCUAGCAGUAU